AUGACUGACAAAAAGCGAAAACCCAACUGGUCUGAGGACCAAAACCUGCUCCUGACGAAACUUGUUGACGAAAACAAAGCGGUUUUAUUAGGAAAGUUUGGGGCAGGCGUGACAGCUCAAAAGAAAAAGGAAAAGUGGGUGGAGUUGACCCACACGAUCAACGCAGCCUUUCCAGGAUGCAUCAGAGCCCCCGAGGAGGUGGAAAAGAAAUGGCAUAACAUCCAAAGUAAAGCCAGGGGAGAAAUUGCAAGGUACAAGCAAGGUGUUAUCAGCACAGGUGGUGGUCCAUCACCAUGCCCUACUUUGAGUGCCACAUCCGAGGUAGUGUGGGAUAUUCUGGGGCAGGAUAAUGUAUCCAUAUCUGGAAUCCCAUCAGCCAUGGACACAUCCCUCCUACAGGUGGUCAGCCUUUCUGACACAGUUAAUGCAAGUGAAUACAGUGACAUGGCAGCACUUGACUUGCAGACACUCCAGGCCAUGGGAGGAGCUGUCCCUACUGCAUCAACAGUGUCUGUGCCUUUACAGCCGGAACCAUCAGUGCCAGACACCGCCUCCUCAGCAAAGGGAUCCAUGAAGAGACCAGCAGGAUGGAGCACAGUCCAGGAGCCAAAGUCCUCGCGACAAACUUUCCUGUUGGGGGAAAGCUAUGAUGAGCUACUCUACAAGAAACUUAAACUUGAAACUGAUUGUUUAAGUCUUAAGAAGAAAAUUAUGGAAAUUCAACUUCAAAAACUGCAGAAUGAAUAAAAUUUAUAUCUAUACCAUGUAUGCAUAUCACUUUUUAAGGCCAGAGAGUUUACCAUGUUUUCAAAAUGUAAUGUAUUCUUUGAAGAGAAAGAUUUGAAACCUAUUUUGACAGAACCAUGCUCCUUUUCAGUUUAAAUUUAUCUUCAAUAAUAUAAUAUUGGUUAAUGUG